AUGGUGAUGCUGGCAACCAUAGUGGAGGAAGAUCACUUGGAUAUAGAGCCAAGAUACAGGGCUAUUACUGGCCAUAUAUGCAUGAAGAUGCAAAACAAGUUUCGAGGAGGUGCGAAGAAUUUCAACGUCAUGGCAAGAAGAUACAUGCACCUGGGGCUAUGCUUAAUACAUCGACAAAUAUUCGGUAUUCCUGCACAAUUGGUGUCUGAUAAUGGGAAGCAGUUUGAAGGCGAGAAUAUAACGAUGCUGCUCAAUGCCUUCAAAAUUCAGAGUGGAAAAUCUACUCCUUUGUAUCCUCAAAGUAACGGACAGGUAGAAGCUACGAACAAAACAAUCGCAGACAACCUGAAGAAAAAUUAG